AUGGAAUCCGCUUACAUGUCAGACGGGGUGUAUGCUUGCCCGCCACAACAUCUCAAGGGCAGCACGUGCAACUGGCACAGCUGCCCGAAUCUCGGUGUUCGCGUUCUCACCAGCUACUCCGUGCCUCCAACUGCUCGCAACGUGCAGCCUCAAAGCUCAUCGAUGAGAAUGACGCCUCCUCAGGUACUCGAGCAGAACGAGAAGGAGCAUAACAACCAGCAAGCACAGAGUCUGCGUGAGCUACAGGUAGAUGAUUCAUAUCAUCAGCAAAUUCAAGCUCAUUGGCCUGAAUUCAACAACCACAUCCCUCAAACCAGCAUCACUGGCCGAUCGCACGUGCGCGGCAAUGGAAUCGCCUUCCCCAUGUCGUACCCAUCACAGACUCCCGUCCAGUUCGGCAACAGUUCCAGCACGCCUUUCAAUGCCGCUCUCCAUGACGAUCUGAAGUGCAAGGCCUAUUCUACGACCACCGAGGGGGGUCUCGCUGAAGUCUUCGGCGUCGAGCAGCCGGCCAUGAAUGAUCAGGGUCCUCUGUCGGCCCCGCCCUCGACUAUUGAGCACACGCCUUCUAGAGUCUCGAAGAAGUUUUUCGCUCAGUCUGCUAUGAACAAGUGGGCUACAGACGAAGAUCCUCCCUCUCACAUCAGGAGCCUUCCCGGUAUGCCGUUUCCAGGCAAGGCCCGGCCUAGCUGGCCACCUGGAAAUUCCUCGCCAUCCACGUGGGCCCCAACUCCUCGCAAGGCAUAUCCUCCCAGCAGUUCUGAGAACGUCUCCCACUUUCGCGAUGCUGGACAAACCGUUCCAAGCUACAACAUCUACGGCUCCCCAGUCGAAGGUGGCACGAUCAAGACUAUAUCAGGCUGGAAUCGUUCAGACGCCAAAUUCGAAUCUAACCAAGGCAGCAAAUUCAAAUCUGACGAUGACUGGCCAAACGAUGGCUGGCCAAACGAUGGCUGGACAAACGAAGUCCCCAGCGAGCGUGGCUGGGGCGAUAGAGUGCUCAGUCCGGUCGCAUCUCCUGUUCACUCGUACAUGACGGAUUAUCAUGGCAAGUCGAAUCUCAGGAAACCAUCAGCCAGCUCCAAUAUCUCGACCAAGGCCAACAAGGCUCCCAAGUGGCCAACCCUACAAGCCACAGCUACGGCGUCUGAGCCGUCGGAAGAGCUGGUUAGCACGGUCGAGUCCUAUACUGGAUGUGCGCGAUCGGUGGCCGUCAGGGCGCUCAAAGUGAAGAGCAACAGUGUUGAAGCCGCCACGAAUGCCAUCUUGGUCAACGAGGACUUGGACAAGUCUGAGACAUCGACCAAUAAUGAUUCUGACAUCUUCUACGACCCCACUCCACACAAGACAUGUGGCAACUUGGUAGGCUGGGAUUUUCCCGAGUCUGACAACAAGCCAGGCAUCAGUGGCAGCGACGACCGGUCUGAGGCUGCUUCUUCGGUCUGGCAUCCACUUGGCUGGGCUAAACCUGCCGAGUCAAMGGCCAACUCCAUCUACAGUUCCCAGCAGUCAAAGGAGGCGUGGAGCGAUCGGAACAGCCAGGAGUCGACUCUUGUACGAUCUCUGCGAUCGGAGCUUGCCGACCUCCAUUGUCAAAUGGCCAGUUUGCAGGAGUCAGUGUACCAUAUGCAGGAAAAACUCGGCAGCACGAAGCCAAGCAAUGAGGUCGACUUCCUACGUGGACUCGUCAACUCCGACAUUGCCCAUCGCGAGGCGAUGCACCGCGUCGAAGUCCAGCUUGCUACUAUGACCAUCCCUCGCUGA